UUGACUCUCAGUCACGUGGUCUCGUGCUGACAUGGAAUCAAAGAUGGCGUCCUCCUGAGCGUCCAUGCGCCUUCACUGACAGAAAAACUUCGUAUUUUCUUCUCGUUCAUUUUCUGAACUUGAUUCAAACGAACCUCAAACUCUGCGCGGACCCUCUGAGACGUUCCCACAAUGCAACACGACGACGUCAUCUGGGACAUUAUUGGAAACAAACAGUUCUGCUCCCACAAGGUCAAAACGAAGAGUCAGAACUUUUGUCGUAAUGAAUACAACGUCACAGGUUUGUGUAACCGCUCGUCGUGUCCACUCUCCAACAGUCAGUACGCCACCAUCAGGGAGGAGAAAGGUCAGUGUUUCCUCUACAUGAAGGUCAUCGAACGAGCAGCUUUUCCCGCCAAAAUGUGGGAGAAGGUGAAGCUCAGUAAGAACUAUGAAAAAGCUCUGGAACAGAUCGACGAGAAUCUGAUUUAUUGGCCUCGGUUCAUCAGACACAAAUGCAAACAGAGAUUCACUAAAGUCACCCAGUAUCUGAUCCGCAUGAGGAAACUGGUCCUGAAGAGACAGAGGAAGCUGGUUCCUCUCAGCAGGAAGGUGGAGCAGCGGGAGAAGAGGAAAGAGGAAAAAGCUCUGAUCGCCGCUCAGCUGGACAACGCCAUCGAGAAGGAGCUGCUGGAGCGACUCAAACAGGGAACGUACGGAGACAUCUACAACUUCCCCGUCCACGCUUUCGACAAAGCUCUGGAUCAGCAGGAUGAAGAGAGCGAGUCUGAGGAAGAGUCUGAGGAGGAGGAGGAGGACGAGGAGGAUGUCGGGAAGAGGGAGUUUGUAGCAGAGGAAGAAGUAGAGGAGAGCGACCUGAGCGACUUUGAGGACAUGAACAGGCUGAAGACGAGCAGCGACGAGGAGGAAGAGGACGAUGAGUCGAGUGAAGAGGAAGAUGAAGAUGAGGAGGAGAUGGAGACAGAGACAAAGGCCUCCAAGUCUAAAGGCAAAUCCCCGGCUAACGGCGUAGCGGCGAGGAAGAAGCGAGCGCACGUGGAGAUCGAGUACGAGCAGGAGACAGAACCCGCCUCCAAGAGCAUAGCUACGUAGUGAUGUCGCCUGUCAAUCAAACCCUGAGCAGAGACUCUGUCGACUCGCAAACUCACAGGAAGUGUUGCUCCGUCACCGUUCGACCCCGAUUACCAACGUGUUCCUCGUCUCCCUGAGAUUCAACAAGUCGAAGCCUUUUCACUGGAACUUGAAGAACUGAAUAAAUCCAGAAACAAAGAGUGAGUCAGUCGUUUCUGUGUAAACGAGGAGGCAGAGAAAUCUGUCUGAGAGCAACUGACUCCUCGUUUACACAUUUAAAUCCAAACACAUUUUAGAAUCAUCUGUGAGCGUCAGGAGGAAAACAGCUGCUCUGUUUUCUGACUUUGGUUUGUUUUGCUUCUGUUGAACGUUCAGCUUGUUAAGAUGAUUAACACGUGCAUCAACUAAGUUCUCCUAAAAAUACAAUUAAGAAAUAUUGAAUGUGAAAAUAAAGAUGAGAACCUGA